GAGAUCGGGUGGAGAGGACGUGACCGACCCACUCAUGUUGGGUGCCUCUAGUGUCAGUCGCUAGGGUCCCAGGGUUGACUCUAGCACGGGCAUCCCCUGCGCCCCUUGAGACUGUCGCCCGCAGCCCUCGUCGCGGCUGCCGGCUGGGUGGAGCCGCCCUCGCGGUCUGGGCGUGUUCCUCCCUCUGCCUGACUGUGAGUCCUCCGUUAGGCCAGUGGACUGCCGACCGGUGCUAGGCACGCAGCUACCAUGACGGGAAGACAGGGUCUCAUUUUGUGGCCCUGGCUGGCUGGAACUCAUGAUGUAGAUCAAGUUAGGCUUAAUUAAACUCACAGAAAUCCUCCCGUCUCAGCCUCCUGGGUGCUGGGAUUAAAGCAACAUGUCUGAAUGCUUGGCCGAUGCCCUGUGCCAGCGCUGCCAGGCCCGGUUUGCUCCCACGGAGCGCAUCGUCAACAGCAAUGGGGAGCUGUACCACGAGCACUGCUUUGUGUGUGCUCAGUGCUUCCGGCCAUUCCCCGAGGGGCUCUUCUACGAGUUUGAGGGCCGGAAGUACUGCGAACAUGACUUCCAAAUGCUGUUUGCUCCAUGCUGCGGAUUCUGUGGGGAGUUUGUCAUCGGACGCGUGAUCAAGGCCAUGAACGCCAACUGGCAUCCGGGCUGCUUCCGCUGUGAGCUGUGUGACGUGGAGCUGGCUGACCUGGGCUUUGUGAAGAACGCGGGCAGGCAUCUCUGCCGGCCUUGCCACAACCGGGAGAAGGCCAAGGGCCUGGGCAAAUUCAUCUGCCAGCGGUGUCACCUCACCAUUGACGAACAGCCCCUCAUGUUCAAGAAUGAUCCCUACCACCCGGAUCACUUCAGCUGCUCCCACUGUGGGAAGGAGCUGACCUCCGACGCCCGAGAGCUGAAGGGUGAGCUCUACUGCCUGCCUUGCCACGACAAGAUGGGCAUCCCCAUCUGUGGGGCCUGCCGCAGGCCCAUUGAGGGCCGCGUGGUCAAUGCACUGGGCAAGCAGUGGCAUGUGGAGCACUUUGUCUGUGCCAAGUGUGAGAAGCCGUUCCUGGGGCACCGGCACUAUGAGAAGAAGGGCCUAGCCUACUGUGAGACCCACUACAACCAGCUCUUUGGAGAUGUUUGCUACAACUGCAGUCAUGUGAUUGAGGGCGAUGUGGUGUCAGCUCUCAGCAAAGCCUGGUGUGUGAACUGCUUCUCCUGUUCCACCUGCAACAUGAAGCUCACUCUGAAGAACAAGUUUGUGGAAUUCGAUAUGAAGCCUGUGUGUAAGAGAUGCUAUGAAAGGUUCCCCCUGGAGCUGAAGAAGAGGCUGAAGAAGCUGUCUGACCUGACCUCCCGCAAGGCCCAGCCCAAGUCUGUGGACAUCAACUCAGUCUAAAGGUCCUCAGUCUCCAUGUGCGUGCCUGCGGAACCUCUGCCUUCACCCUCCUGCCCCAGUUCUUGCUGACCACCUCCCAUUUCUGCUCCAUCCCAGCUCCGCCAUCCACCCUGCUCCCUGUAUGUCAUCCUUCCUGUUUCCGGUCUAUGGUGGGCUAAGGAGCAUGCUCUUUCUGUGCUGAGGUCUGGCCCAGCCUCCCGUGCCCACAACCUCGAGGGACAGGAAGAAACUGGGGCAGGACUGUCGGCCACUUGCUUGUCCUUCAGAUCACAGCCAGACACCAGUCCUUUCCAUUCUCCUGGGAAGCUGUCCCAGCCCCGGGGCCAGCACCAUGGAGGUGGAGGCAUGGGGGGCGGGUCACCCUUCAGUUACUCAACCACAUUAGGUCCCUGUGCUUACACUGUGUCAGCAAAUCCACUUCUGGAUGAAGCAGAUGGAGGGAUGAGAUUCCCAUUGCCUUCACCACUCAGGAGACCUUCUCGGCUGCCCACCAAGCCUGGGGUCCCACUUCUGUGGAGGCACACCGCCCCACCCAGCUCAAGCCUGCAAGCCGUCACACGCUUGUACAAUGAAGGCUGAUUCACACA